GUGGGUCUCGUUGGGAAGGAAGUGGUACAGCUUUCAUUUUCAUAUCACUCAGGAGUGUAGGCGAGGACAGCCAUGGCUGACAAAAUCCUGAAGGGAAAAAGAAAGGAGUUUGUUCACUCGGUCGGCACAGGUACUCUAAACGGUCUGCUGGAUGAACUGCUACAGAAGCAAGUGCUCAACCAGGAGGAGAUGCAGAUUAUAAAGUGUCAGUAUGCAACGACUAUGGACAAGGCCCGGGAUUUGGUGGACAGCCUCAUCGCUAAGGGGCCCAAGGCCUGCCAGAUCUGUAUUGAUCACAUCUGUGAGGAAGACUGCCACCUUGCUAGGACACUGGGGCUCUUCGCAGGUCCACAAGCAGGAAAUGACUGUAGUACACAGAAUUUCCGAGAAGUGAUCCCCUCUAACUCAGCUUCUCGGGACAUACAGGACAAUCAAGCUUUGUCCAUGUCUUCAGGACCAUCAGGAGGCCUGAAGCCUUGCCCCCUGGAAGUUGCCCAAAAGAUAUGGAAAGAAAAGUCAACGGAGAUUUAUCCAAUAAUGAAUCAGUUGACCCGCACGCGUCUUGCCCUCAUUAUCUGCAACACAGAGUUCGACAGUCUUCCCAAAAGGACUGGAGCUGAAGCUGAUAUCAGAAAUAUGAAAACACUUCUAGAAGGCCUGGGAUACCAAGUGAUUGUGAGAGAAAAUCUCACGGCUUUGGAAAUGGCCACAGAGGUGAAGACCUUCGCAGCCAACCCCCAGCACAAGACCUCUGACAGUACUUUUCUGGUCUUCAUGUCUCAUGGUAUUCUGGGUGGCAUUUGUGGAAAGAAAUACUCUGCAGGAGACGGAGAUGUGCUGCAAGUCAGCAACAUCUUUACAAUGUUGAACAACAGCAACUGUUCAACUUUGGAGGACAAACCCAAGGUGAUCAUCAUCCAAGCCUGCCGUGGAGAGAACAAAGGUGAGGUAUGGUUAAAGGACUCAUCAGAAGACCUUGGAAACAUAAUCCUCUUCGAUCCACAAGAUUUGGAUUAUGAUGGCAUUAAGAAAGUCCACAUAGAGAAGGAUUUUAUUGCUUUCUGCUCUUCAACUCCAGAUAACAUUUCUUGGCGACAUCCUGAAAGGGGCUCUCUUUUUAUUAUAAAACUGAUUGAAAUUAUGAAAGAAUAUGCCUGGUGCUGUGACCUGCAGGAAAUUUUCCGAAAGGUUCAAUUUUCAUUUGAAAUACCACAACCUGUGGCACAGAUGCCCACUACCGAGAGAGUGACUUUGACCAAACACUUCUAUCUCUUCCCAGGACAUUAAAAAUACUUAAGUUGCAUCAGUAUCUGUGUGCAGACUUGGCUGUGCUCAGCGAGGGGAAGAAGGAACUGAAGUGAGAGUCCUAGGACCCCAUCAUGACCUGGCAAAGCGAAGGGAGGAUACUGAGCAUGAUCUCUUUUUCUAUUUAGUUCAGAGCACAUUGAUUUUAAAAUUCUGCACGAGUGGAUGGGUAUUCCUUAGUGGCAAGCAUCAUAUAUCAAAACGUAGUCAGUAGAUUUCAGAAGCCCAAUUUAGGUAGCCACAGUAGGGAAGCAUUUAAACCCAGCAUGGAUUAUUCCUUUUUAUAUGUUUGUCGCAUUGGUAAAGAGACCUUACCUCUUAUAUAUCUUUGAGCAGAACUCUUCCUUAUAUUUGUGUUGUUUCAUUUUCAGUAGGAAGCCAGGAGUUCUGUUUUCUGUAUGAAUGUGUAGAAUCAUGUCUCUUGGAAAAGUCAUUUCUU